AUUUUUUGUAGGCACCAAGGCACACUGUAGUAUACACACCCUUUAACACAAGAUGAGUGAGCUUCAUUCCCUAGCUUUACCUAGUUGCCUCUAUGGUUCUUCCCUAGGUUGGGAUUAUCACAACCUUGGAGUACUCAACGCGGACAAAAUGUCUUUAAUUCCAGCUAUGGAUGGAAGUGAACCAUCAUUCUCACAUCAACAAUCUGAUUUCUCAACUGGGUAUCUUGAGGAUGCUUUGAUUGAAUUCGGUGAGCGUUCCAAACGUAGACGCUUGCUGCCAUAUACUGAUGAACAAAGCUUAAGUUUCAUUGAUGAUUUUGAGAAGAGUUUAUGGAAUUUCAACCCCACAUGGCACCAACCAGAAGAGAACUUCUACUGCAUGAACCAGAUAGAAAGGAUUUGUGGAUUUUCAGAUGAGCAUAUAAGCACAUUCAAGAGUAGAAUCAGCGAGGAACCAAACAUUCUUCAAUCAGAAACUAAAACACAAGAAGAGACAAUAUCAACCUCUGAAUCUCCAAAUUCAUCCUCAUCUUCAUACAAAGAACCAGUGACUUCAAAAACCAGAGUUUUCCCAGAUGGAAGUGAUGAUGAGAAAAGAAAGAAGAAGGUAAUAACAAGAGUGGUAUAUCCAUUUGCAUUGGUGAAACCAGGAGGGAGAGAAGGUGAUGUGACAUUGAAUGACAUAAACGAGAGGAUUUUAAUGGCACCAACAAGGCCAGUGAAGCAUCCAGUUGGGGACUUUGCAUGUCGGCCAUGCGUGUCCGCAGAAGGUCCUGGACUUUCAGGGAAAGCAGUGGUGGCCCUUACUAGAAUUCACACACAAGGAAGAGGCACAAUCACUAUUAUCAGAACCAAAGGUUAAGCAGUACUAUUGCAUGUGAGUUAUGUGUUAUAUGGCUAGCUUUUGCUUGAAGCAGCUUUUUGGGGCCUGAUCAUUU